AUGGAGUUCAGUGGUGAAAAUCCCCAUUGGAAUUUGGUGGAUGAAGAAAGGAAACACAUGAACUUACCUCGAAGAUUUUCAUUUGGAAACAAUGAAGCUGAUUCUGAAUUCACUUCAGCAAGAACAUCUUGUGUGUCAGCAGCUUCAUUCCCGCUUUGGCCUAUUAGCCCUGAGACGCCAUGGACACGCUCUCCCGUGCGCGUCUCUUUAUCUCCACCUCCUCUAUAUCAUUGCUUAGCCUCACUCCAUCGCAGCGAAGGUAACAUCUUCUCUAUAGCAGUCACAAACGACUUCAUUUAUACAGGGUCUGCAAGCAGUAGGAUCCAUGCAUGGAAACAACCAGAUUGUACAGAGAUGGGACAUAUCAAGGCUACAAUUGGUGAAAUUCGGGCUAUCUUAGCUUACGGGAAAAUGCUUUUCACCACACAUGGAGACUACAGAAUCCGCGUGUGGGAUGUUUCAUCGACAGAAAACUUUAGACCAAAGAAGACGAUCACCUUGCCUCGAAGAAGGUCGUUCUUCUCCUAUCUGAAGAAGAAUAAUGAGCAACAUAGAGAUUCUAUCUCAUGCAUAGCAUACAAUCACAAGGAGAAGCUCUUGUACACAGGAUCACGGGAUAAAACAGUUAAGGUGUGGAAAAUCUCAGAAAAACGACACGUUGACUCAUUUGUCGCUCAUGAAGGUCAUGUCAAUGCAAUUGUCUUAAACCAAGAAGAUGGAUGUGUCUUCACUUGUUCUUCUGAUGGCAAAGUGAAAAUAUGGAGAAGGUUUUUUAGAGAGAGCUCACAUAUUUUGACAAUGACACUUAAGUUUCAACCAUCUCCAGUUAAUGCCUUAGCUUUAUCUCUCUCUCCUGGUGAGUGCGUCCUCUAUUCGGGCUCAUCAGAUGGACUGAUAAACUUCUGGGAAAAGGAAAGAAUGUCCGGUAGGUAUAAUCAUGGGGGAUUCUUGCAAGGCCAUCAUUUUGCAGUUCUUUGUUUAGCAACGAUAAAAGAUCUAAUCCUUAGUGGUUCAGAGGACACAACCAUACGAAUAUGGAGGAGAGAAGAUGGGAACUCCUUCCAUUCAUGUCUUGCAGUCAUUGAUGGUCAUCAUGGACCAGUCAAGUGCUUGGCUGCUGCUCUAGAAACUGAGGAAAUCAUGAUGGGUCUAUUAGUCUAUAGCGCCAGCCUAGAUCAAACUUUUAAGGUAUGGAGAGUCAAAGUUUAUCCCGCAGAGAAAGAGAAACUGGAGAAAUCAGAAGCAAAUGAUCAGCACUCAAAAACUACAGAUUGCAAACUGAGUCCAGUGUUAUCACCUUUAUGGGUAGAGAAGAAGAUUCAGGGCAGUGAUUUCUGA